CCAAUCUCUAGCUAACAGCAAGACGGUCAGACAGUUCAUCUAGGUAGCACGUAGCAGCGACCUUGGCCGACGACGAGCUCUUGAGCUUCGUCCGUUCGUGCGGCGGCUGCGGCGAUGGCGUCCGGGCAGGAGAGCAGGGAGGAGCUGGACCGCAUGGCCCGCGAGGGCGAGACCGUCGUCCCCGGCGGCACCGGCGGCAAGAGCCUAGAGGCCCAGGAGCACCUCGCCGAGGGGCGCAGCCGCGGCGGGCAGACCCGUAGCGAGCAGCUGGUGGGGCACGAGGGCUACAGCGAGAUGGGCAGCAAGGGCGGGCAGACCCGGAAGGAGCAGCUGGGCCACGAGGGGUACAGCGAGAUGGGGCGCAAGGGCGGGCUCAGCACCAUGGAGGAGUCCGGCGGCGAGCGCGCCGCCCGCGAGGGCAUCGACAUCGACGAGUCCAAGUUCAGGACCAAGUCGUCCUAGACGUACGCUUGCCUGCUGAUUGCAGGCAGGGUUAGUGUGUAGUGGUGUUAAAGCAGCCUAGUAGCUAGCUAGUUGAAGAUGACGUGCUCCCUCAGUCUCGUGGAGAGCUGAGGUUGGCACGCGCGUGUCUGAAUAUUGUAGCCAUGUAGGGCGUUCGAGUCGUCGCAGCAUGCACGCAUGGAGGCAGCUCAUGCUCAUGCGUGCUUGCUCUGCUUCAGUUCGUGUCGGUAGUGUUGGUUCGAGGCAGCAGGUCUCUUCAGGCUUUGUCGUCUAGUCUAGCAGCCUGUUGUUGUUCCCAUGUGCGUUGCUCCUCUGCAGCUUGAUGGAGCUAGAUGGUCGUAGUAGCUCAUGGUUUGUCCUCACCUGUGCCUCAAGUUUGCUUAAUUUAGUUGUCUACUAGUUCAUCAGAAUCUUCUUUGCU